GAUCACUCCUUGUGUGGCUAUGUGUGUGACAUUGUGUGUGUGUGUCCCUGCUUUCUGUUCCUAUAUACUGAGCAAACAUCUUGAGCUGCGCACACACAAACACACACACAGAUACUCACACACACACAAAAUCCAGACUGUGACUUUGAAAAAACGCAGACAGAAGAGAGUUGGGGGGUACUGCAGGCGCCACAUUGUCUCAACACCUCCACAGCACAGAGUCGCUGUAGAACCCAAUAUCAGGCUCCUAAUAGGAGGCGGAUUUUGGGGGGAGAUGAAGGGCUAUGGGGGGUUAGAAAAAACAACAAUAUCUUAGGGAAAAAAGCAAUCCAAUGAGAUUAGAGGGAGGGGGUUGAUCUAGGAAUUGCACCCCCUCCUCCAGCUACAUAUUUAAUGUUUAAGUCACAUCCUUGGGAUCUUUUGUACAAUAUUAGAAUAAAAGGAAGUCAAUGCAGAGCUGUGGAACCUCCUCAAGGAGGAACGUAUCACACCAGAGCACAAGGUUGCAGGUAAAGGCGGCGGGAAUAUCACGGAUCACAAGUCAAGCGACGGGAACUGGACUCCUGACAUGCACUCUGGCUGCUCUUAGCGCUUUGCACUGUGGCUGGAAGCCCCGUGUUUGAGUCCCUACUAAUAGUGGAGCUGCUGAGCGCAGCGGGCUGUCCAAUGACCCUGAGAUCGCCCGAAACGUCAGACAGCCCGAGUACCAUACAAAGCAGCUCCGGGGAGAGCGGCUCACCGCCCGGGGGCAUCAAGGAGGGGCGGGAUCGGGAGGAUCGCAUUGCUGAGUCCAUGAGUGAGCUCAGGAGAUCAGGCUGGUAUUGGGGAAAUAUGACUGUUGAUGAGGCAAAGGAAAAGUUGCAAGAUGCUCCAGAAGGAACCUUUCUGGUUCGAGACAGCUCACAUACAGACUAUCUUUUAACAAUCUCCGUGAAAACGUCAGCAGGGCCAACCAACUUACGUAUUGAAUACCGAGAAGGGAAAUUCCGACUGGACUCAGUAGUCUGUGUGAGAUCCAGACUAAAACAGUUUGACAGUGUUGUCCAUCUGAUCGAGUAUUAUGUGCUGUUGUCAAAAAAUAAGAAGAUAGAGUCUGAAACUCUUCCAAACAGAACAGUCCACCUGUGGCUGGUGAAGCCACUAUACACGUCCGCUCCGUCCUUGCAGCAUCUCUGUAGAAUGACUGUUAACAAAUGUACCGACAAAAUCGACGAAUUGCCAUUACCAAUGAGACUGAAAGAGUAUAUUACAGAAUAUCGUUACCAUGUAUAGAUGUUUUGUUAAACACCAGUAAAGCAUGGAGAAGAUCCUCUUCCAAAUUUAGAAAAAAUAAUGUUAAUUAACAGUGACCUGGACUGUUCUAAGUGGUUAAAGCUAUCAGUGUCAUUUCAUUUCAGUAACAGUAUCAUAGGACUGCAUUUACUUGAUGGCAAUGAAGAACAUUACAGAACAUAUUGACUUUUACAGUACUUCUUAAAUCCACUUUAUCUACUUUUUCACUUUAAUGAUGGGGAUCAAUAUGUUCUAAUUUGUAAAGAUUUGGAUAUUGAUCAAACGCAUUAUCUGACAGGCCAAAAAGUAUUUUUGCUUCAGCCCUUUUUUUUCUUUUUUUUUCAAUUCCCGUGUUUCCACAUGCAUGCUGCCUGCUAAUCAUGGAUUAACGUGGCCAAAGUUCAACUGGGUGCCAAAGAAACAGUGUAUCCCAUCUUUCAGCCAGUAAUUUUGGACCUUGGGUCUUUAUUGUUGCACUUAAAUGGCCUCAGAAAAUUCAAAUGUAAUUAGCUGACGGGAUCAAAUACAUAACUAAUGGGAUCAAGGGUUUUUUAUUUGUCUGUCUACUGUGCAAAACAAAAACAAUUAUUCAGAAAACGUUUUCUCUGCAUGGCCAUGUGUAUAUGUAUAUAUGUGUUGCAUAUACACAACAAUAUCACACAGAAACAAAAUAGUUACAGGGGAGUGCCAAAACAGGAUGGCAUACUAUAAUAUAACAUGAUUGUAGCUUGCAUGCUGAAUUGUACAUUCAAUCAAUAGACAAGUUCAUGUAUAUGCACAAUGGCACAGAAGCCAGACAGCUUAAUCUUGCAUUUCUGUGCCUUGGUCUAAAUAUUGGUGCUAUUGUAGCCUAUAAUCUAAUAGAAGGAAAUAUGGAUAUGCAAACAGAGUUGUGCUUCAUAAGAGAUAGAUAUACAGUAAGGUGUUGGUGCUUCUAUCUCUAAUGCACAGCAGAUUGACACCAAUUUUAAUGGUGUCCAUUGACCCAUAUGUUGCAGUCUUUCAUAUUUUUUCACAAAGUCCAUGUAUAUAUAUAUAUUUUUUUUUGUACUCAGAUUUACUGUCAUAUUCAGGUAACAGAAUUAAUUUAAUUUGAUUUCACUAAUUACAUCUGCAGGCUUUUGGAAAGUAGUCUGUGCAUUACGCAUGCAAUCGAGAAAGACUAAAAAUUAAAUGACAACAGAGAGCAAAGAAUGCAUCCGGCCUCAAAGUCAUACCAUAUGGCCUACUUGUUUUGAAGAGUCCAAUUGAAUUGCACACUAGUAAGUGCCAGUAACUCCCAAAGCUUACCAAUGGUGGCUAUUGUUUACUAGCAUUGCUUUUUAUCACAUGGCACCUUCCACAUCCAUUGAGAUGGGCACUGAGAAGUCUUCUGACUGGAGAAGGCAUUGCAUGGAACAGCACUGUGUACAAUGUCAUGCCUACUAGUGUUUACUUUGCCAAGAACAGCAGUUUGCUACUACUAGGGAAACCUGCUGUGCUUACUGAUAAUAUGUAUGGUUAUGACAGUACAAUCUUACUAUGUAUCUUUGUGUAAAAAGACUUUAUUCUUCAUGUGAAGUUUAUGUACAAUGUUAAAACCGUGGAAUUUUGAUUGUUAUUGAACAGUUUGCUACUUUAGGUGCCUCAUGUCUUAAGGCUCAAAUAAACAGCCAUUUAAAGGGGAUUAAAAUGCAUACUGAAGCACUUGGAAGGUAUUUCCUCCCCACCCCCCCCCCCCACCCCAGAUAAAAUGCUUUUCAGUAGCAAAUAUUAACUUUAGCUCUCAAGCAACAGUAACAGGCAAAAAUAUACUGAGGUUUCUAAAGGAGGGGGAACAUGCCAGUUUUUAAUAUAAGCUCAGUCUGGUAUGCUAAUGUUAAAAAAAAGUGCAUAAAUUUCCUAUCAGAUACAAAAAAUAUUUAUGUAUUUUUUUGUUUACAGUGUAGUUAACAAUGUAGUUGGGUCCCAAAAUUAACCGCAACAGCCUCUCUCAAAAACGCCACCAUAAACUCUGUAGAUAACUAAGGAUGCACAGAACCAAUCAUUUUCCAGCUAAAUAAGCAAUCAUAGCCAAUAUAAAACCUAAUCCAAACCUUAGUUGUAUUUGCUACAAUACAAAUAGCAUCAUCUGUGAAGAAAAAAAAAUGUCCAGAGCUUUAAAGUCACAAUAACUUUUAAGUGCUUGGAUUCUGCUGAACACUAUUAUUGUCAUAUGUAAAUCCUUCAACUGGAAUUUAGCUGAAUCCUGUACCAAAGUCUGGAUUUGGUGCAUCCCUACAAAUAAUGCCUGUGGAUGACAAAAUCCUGUUGUAUUGCUGCCUAGAUUUGGUCACCAAUAACUCAUAAUUCAUCUUGUGCUACUCAUGUUUGCCUUCUCUGCUGAGGAAAGGUGCAUUGCACUGCACCCCUGUCUCCUUUGUCUCCCAUUUGUGGGAGCAAUGACAGCACCACUGAGGGGACCUGGGGCUGCUGGCUGAUUUGGUUAGAUAAUAGGACAACAUAUUCCAUAUUUUUUUUGCAAGAUGAAGCAAUGUACUUGAGCCUUUCUGCCUGCUUGCACUGGCCAGGAAACUGUUUGCCCAAGUCAGUGUAGGUCACUUCCUCAAUAAAUGAUUGCCUUUAAAUUAGAAGAGAGGAAUUUUAUGUCUCUAAGCAAAAAAUCCAAAGCAUUUAUUGCAAAAUUUUUAAUAUAAUUGAACUGCAAUGUAUGCAGGCUUGCCUGGGGGUGAAAUAUUUUUGUCUGUUAUUGCAUCUUGAAGGCUCAACUUGAGCACUAUAGACCUACAAAUUCUUGGAUCUAUAUUCAACUGUUUUUUUUUUCACCAGAGUCCAUGAAUUUUCAUGGAUCUGCUCAAAUGCAGCUAUAAAGUUGCAUUAUUGUAGUGUAAUCUGCUGGGAGUAUCAGCAAUUGCUUUUAUUAUCUACAGUGUAGAACUUUCUUUUUUUUACAAACAUGUCUAUUUAAAAUGUGUGUAUUCUCUGCUGUAACUAUAAGACAAUAAAUUUCAACAUAUUAAAUAAAA